AUGGCAGUUCUAUCAAGAGACGAGAUUCUAAAGGCAAUAGAGAAAGGAGAUAUAAAGAUUACACCAUAUGAUCCGAAUGCAGUGGGAUGUGCAUCGAUUGACUUAUCACUAUCCAAUGAGUUCAGAGUGUUUCCAAAGGAUUCAAAGACGAUAAAGGUUACAGAAUCCACAAACUACCAGGAUCACACUACAAAGGUUGUAUUGGCACCUGGUGAGACAUUCAUGUUGGAACCUGGAAGCACGUGUCUUGGUAUCACUGAGGAGCGCGUGGAACUUUCACCAAGGUACUGUGGCCUACUGGAAGGACGAUCAAGGUUUGCUCGCAUGGGUCUCUUUGUCCAUAUAUCCGCUGGAUUCAUGAAUCCAGGUAUCAAGAACAGGCAGGUCUUGGAGAUAUUCAAUACAACCAAUAAUCGUUUGGAGCUGACACCUGGAACAAAGAUAUGCCAGUUUGUAUUCUUGGAGUUAAAGGGAGAGUCAUCAUACUCUGGUAGAUUCCAAGAGAACUCAUUAUAG